GCCCGACAACUACCAAAAGCAUCCGACAACUGCCCGAAAUCUCGGCGGGCAGGUUCAAAUUCGAAGGCCACUCCAAUACUUUAGAUAUUACCUCUGGCUUUACCCACACUCCCCGUCCCAACCCAUCGCCACUUGCACCACCACCUCCUCCGUGGGCGGUGGCGCGUGAGUGACGAUCGGGGCACCUCCACUGAUGCUGAGAGAAUAUAGGAGGAAAUGGGUCAGGGGCUGAGUUGCAGAGAAAGCCAUGGUCGUGGUCUGUUCAGUGCAGUGCAAAAUGGAGAGUUGGAAAGAGUUGAAGCAAUGUUGGAGGAAGACACGAAUGUGUUGGAAAGGACCAUUGCUCAUGGUCGACUCUCUGCACUGCAUGUAGCUGCUGCAAAUGGUCAGAUCCAGGUUCUUUCUAUGCUUUUGGAUCGGUCUGUUAACCCAGAUGCCGUAAAUCGCCACAAACAGACCCCUUUAAUGUUAGCUGCAAUGCAUGGGAAAAUUUCCUGUGUGGAAAGGCUUAUUCAAGCAGGAGCAAAUAUUUUAAUGUUUGAUUCUCUGAAUGGAAGAACCUGUUUGCAUUAUGCUGCUUAUUAUGGCCAUUCAGAUUGUCUGCAAGCUAUUCUUUCUGCUGCCCGUUCAACCCCCGUUGCAGCUUCCUGGGGAUUUGCAAGAUUUGUGAAUGUAAGGGAUGGAAAUGGAGCGACCCCCCUGCACUUGGCAGCCCGACAAGGGCGCCCAGAGUGUGUUCAUACUCUCUUAAACAGUGGCGCGCUAGUUUGUGUUUCCACAGGCGGAUAUGGCUACCCAGGGAGUACUCCACUUCAUAUGGCAGCUCGUGGAGGUUCUCUGGACUGUGUGCGGGAAUUACUUGCUUGGGGCGCAGAUCGCCUGCAACGAGAUUCAUCUGGGAGAAUGCCUUACAUGGUUGCCCUGAAGAACAAGCAUGGAGCAUGUGCAGCAUUGUUGAAUCCUUCAUCUCCGGAGCCUCUCGUUUGGCCAUCGCCUUUGAAGUUAUUUACUGAGCUCAAUCCGGAAGCAAAAGCUCUGUUAGAAAAAGCCCUAAUGGAGGCAAACAGAGAGAGGGAAAAAGCCAUCUUCAAGGAGACAGUCUACUCACUUCCAUCAUCUUUGCAGUCUGGUUUUGAGUCUGGCGAUGACAUGUCUGAGGCCAGCGACGUCGAGCUAUGCUGCAUCUGCUUUGAUCAGGUCUGCACAAUUGAGGUUAAAAAUUGUGGCCACCAGAUGUGUGCCUCUUGCACUCUAGCUCUGUGCUGUCACAACAAACCCAACUCCGUCUCUGCUUGCCCAAAGGCCCCAGUCUGCCCCUUUUGUCGAAGCAGCAUUACUCAACUAGUUGUUGCCGAGGUCAAAAUAAACAACAGCAGAGAACUAGAAUUCAGUCCGUCAAGGCCAAGUAGAUCAAGGAAGUCUUUUAACAUCAGUGAGGGCAGCAGCAGCUUCAAGGGUUUGUCAACCAUGAGCUCAUUUGGGAGGAUGAGUGGCCGAAAUUCUGGAAAAGUUUCUGCUGAAAAUGAAGGGAUUGAUAAGAUUUAAAAAUUGGAACACACAGAUGCAUGAGCCGAUGACAUUCAUUUCUGAUCCCGCCACAACAAGGUACACAUGGAUGCAUGGCGUUCUUUAAUUCCUUCAGAAUCUAUACCCAUUGAGUGUGUAUUUGAAACUCCAUUCUGAAUGUACUGUCGAUUUUUAAGAGCAUAUGAGGGGUAUACGAGUUAACUAAAAGGCCUUUUCACAAGUUCUAAUUGGUGGUUUUGGUUCGGUGCAGUAUUGUAGUUGUAAUGUGCUUCAAUGUGGUUUGAAUAAGCAGGAACCCAGUUGCAGGCCUGCUAACUGAAUACAACACAGUUAUUGGUUUUCUUAUGAGGCCAAGCUGCAUCUGAUAGUUGCUUAACCAUUUUACACUAUUCUCAUUUUGCUAUUUGGAAACAAUGCUAUAUGUAUAUAUACCAUUAUUGUUUGUAUAUGCCAUUUGUUUAUGUUUAACAAA